AUGCUGCAAAAUACUGAAGUAGAUUUUGUAGGGGAAAUUAUUCAGUGUGCCAUGUUAGUAGACUCUGAGCCUGUGAGUACGGAAGAAGCUCUCAAGCAGAAAGUCUGGCUGAAGGCCGUGAAAGAAGAACUUUAUGCCAUAGAGAGAAACAAAACGUGGAAGCUCACAGAACUUCCAAAGAACAAGAAAGUCAUCAACGUGAGAUGGGUUUAUAAGGUGAAGCUAAAGCCAGAUGGAUCAAUUGGCAAACACAAAGCAAGGUUAGUUGUAAGAGGUUUUCUGCAGAAACCUGGGUUAGAUUACUUUGAAGUGUUUGUGCUUGUAGCAAGACAUGAAACAACCAGGUUGGUGAUUGCGAUAGUUGCUAACAAGAAUUGGCCUCUGAUGCAUUCAAACGUGAAAUCUGCAUUUUUGAACGGUCCAUUAUAA